GGCAGUUAAAGUUUAUUUUAUACAUUUUGUUGCAAAAAAAAAUAUUUUUAUCAAAAUAUACAAAGUAUCAAUAAAGGUUCUAAAUCAACAAAAUAUGACUAGUUAUAGUCAGUAAUCUUAUGAAUAAUGAUUAAAAAUUAUUUAUUUAAAAAUCACGGAUCACGGAUCAGUUAAUUAUUGUUAAUAAAUAAUAAAAUAACAUACCCAAAUAAUAUUAUGUUAGGAACAUUACAAUAGUGAUUUUUACCAAGGAUUUAGGUACCUACUAUGUUAAGAAAUAAGUAGUUUUUAAAGUAGGUAAUUUCUUUUUCAUACAAAACAUGAACGAUUCCAAAGAUGUUCAAUUAAAUGGAACUAGUAAUUGGAAAACACGUCCUCGUCAAAUCCAAGAAAAAUGGGAUACUCUUGCUAUUUUCAAAGAUGAUAAACUAGUUUUAAUGAAGUUUAAUAAUACGGAAAUUGAAGAUAUUAAUUCUAAUAAUCAAACAAAUGUAUGCGGAUCUUAUAAAUAUUUUGUGGAUUCAAGUUAUGUUCACUUUUCUUUGGACAUUCUUGAUAGUUUUAGCAAAUCAUUUAAAAUUAAACAUAAAUUAAAGAGUGAGUAUUGGGAAUUAGCUGCUCAAGGAGAACAAGAGACUCCAUUGCAAAAAUACUAUAGAUUGAAGUUUGAAACCGAAGACUUGUUGAUACAAGAAUCUAAUUUUCAAAUAGUAAAUGAAAGUGAUCAAAAUGAAAUUCUAUGUGCUAAUAUUGGAUUAAAAAUACAAAAUAUACUAAACAAAUUAUGUAUAUAUAGCGUUAAUGAACAAUUACUUUUAGAAAGUCAAGAAACUACAAACAUUUUUAAUUUACAAACGUACAUUACUACUAAAUUGUUAGAAAAAUGUCUAAGUAGCGUUGAUAAAGAACAGUUCAUUGUUAUUAAUAAUAUUUCUAAAGUGUUGAGUAUUGGAAAAAAAUUCAAAGAUUUAAAACCUAAUACAUCAAAGAUUGUACAACUACUACAAAUAUCACGAUUAGAAGAUCGUCUUAGAAAAUUGGAAGUAAUUAUUGGAUCUGAAAAAUCAAUUUUGAUGCGCUUAGUUGAUAGCAACAACAGUGAUGGAUUGGUUGAGGCCGUUUACAUAUUAAGGGAAUCGUCCAAACUAAUUUUACCUCAAAUUAAUGUAAUUGAAUCCAGAAUAGUUAACUUACUACCUAAGUUAAAACAAAUUACUUCUAAACAACUUGAUCAAAAUUUAGAAGUAGAUCAAAAAACGAAUAAACUCUAUGAAUUUGUUUUAAGAGCAAGAGAAAAAUCAAAUUUGUUAUCCCAUACUAUACAAAGAAUGACCAUUUUAGAUAUUUUUCGUCAUAAAGUUGAGACAUUUGCAGUAACAAUGAACAAUCUUAGAACUCAAUAUUCAGAAACUUCUAAAACUCUCAAGAAGAAUGAACUAUUACUUAAUAAUAUUGAAACUUAUAUACCUAAACAUUUGGCAAAUGUGGUUUCCAAUUUGCAAUCCAUAAAUGCUCAAAUAGAAGGUUUUGCUGAUUAAUUGAAAAAUAUUGAAAUAUAGUAAAAUUUUACAAAAUCAUCUAGGUACAUUGAUUCUUUACAAUUUCAAUACUUUCACAAAAAAAAUGUAUGUAUAAUAAUAUGAUUGUAUACAUGUAUGUUUGAAAAAUUGAAUGUUAGUUAC